CAGAUGGUAUAAAAAGCAAAUCCAGGCUCUCCUGGUCCAGUACCAACAGCAUGGCAAAACUUAUUCUCCUCACAGGACUGGCUCUUCUGCUCAAUGUUCAGCUGGGUUCCAGCUACCAGCUGACAUGCUACUUCUCCAACUGGGCCCAGUACCGCCCAGGCCUGGGGAGCUUCAAGCCUGAUAACAUCGACCCCUGCCUGUGUACUCACCUCAUCUACGCCUUUGCUGGGAUACAGAACAACAAGAUCACCACCAUCGAAUGGAAUGAUGUCACUCUCUACCAAGCUUUCAAUGGCCUGAAAAAUAAGAACAGCCAGCUGAAAACUCUCCUAGCCGUUGGAGGCUGGAACUUUGGAACUGCCCUUUUCACCACCAUGGUUUCCACUCCUGAGAACCGCCAGACUUUCAUUGCCUCGGUCAUCACGUUCUUGCGGCAGUACGGGUUUGAUGGGCUGGACUUGGACUGGGAGUACCCUGGGUCUCGUGGAAGCCCCCCUCAAGACAAGCAUCUCUUCACCGUCCUGGUGCAGGAAAUUCGUGAAGCUUUUGAGAAAGAGGCCAAGGAGACCAAUAAGCCCAGGCUGUUGAUCACUGCCGCAGUAGCAGGUGGCAUCUCCACCAUCCAAUCUGGCUACGAGAUCCCCCAACUGUCCCAGUACCUGGACUACAUCCAUGUCAUGACCUAUGACCUCCAUGGCUCCUGGGAGGGCUACACUGGAGAGAACAGCCCCCUCUACAAAUACCCAACUGACACUGGCAGCAAUGCCUACCUCAAUGUGGACUACAUCAUGAAGUACUGGAAGGACAAUGGGGCCUCAGCUGAAAAGCUCAUCGUUGGAUUCCCAACUUAUGGGCACAACUUUCUUCUGAGCAAUCCUUCCAACAAUGGAAUCGGUGCCUCUACCUCCGGUGCUGGCCCUGCUGGGCCCUACACCAGGGAGGCUGGGUUCUGGGCCUACUAUGAGAUCUGCACCUUCCUGAAAAAUGGAGCCACUCAGGCAUGGGAUGCCCCUCAGGAGGUACCCUAUGCCUAUCAGGGCAAUGACUGGGUUGGCUAUGACAACAUCAAGAGCUUUGAUAUCAAGGCUCAGUGGCUUAAGCAGAACAACUUUGGAGGUGCCAUGGUCUGGGCCAUUGACCUAGAUGACUUCACUGGCACUUUCUGCAAUGAGGGCAAGUUCCCCCUGAUCUCCACCCUGAAGAAAGUCCUGGGCCUGCAGAGUGACAGUUGCACAGCCACUGCGCCCAGUGAACCAGUCACUACUCCUAAUGGUGGCAGUGCAGGCGGGAGCUCUGGUGGCAGCUCUGGCGGCAGCUCUGGUGGCAGCUCUGGGGGCAGUGGAUUCUGUGCAGGCAAAGCCGAUGGCCUUUACCCAGUGGCAGAUAACCGAAAUGCCUUCUGGCACUGCGUGAAUGGAAUCACCUACCAGAAUAACUGCCCAGCAGGGCUUGUCUUCAACACCGGCUGUACCUGCUGUAAUUGGGCAUGAACCUGAUCUACGUCUCCAUUCCCCAAGGUUCUGACCAUCUUCUUUGCUUCUCAAAGGACAUCUUGCUUCUCCCUAAAGUUCUAU